UCGCACGGAAGUCUCGCGCAUAUUUGGCAGCCUCAGAAGCGCAACGAAAGCAGAAACAGCGCUGCGACUGGAGCGACGAGAAGGGAACCGACGGCCCUUUGGCUGAGCUGAACUAUUUGGAUUUGGGGCGAAAGAAGCGGCAUUUGCUAAAAUGACCAGAGGAAACCAGCGUGAGCUUGCACGUGCGAAGAAUGCCAAGAAACAGAACGAACAUGGCAAAGGGAAGAGGAGCGAUGAUGGGCUGUCUGCUGCUGCUCGGAAGCAAAGGGAUGCCGAGAUAAUGCAACAGAAGCAGAAAAAGGCGGAAGGCGGAUCGAAAGAAGGCACCAAGUCCAAGUAGAGGAUGAAGACGGGAGACAAAUUCAACUCAGUGCUUCAAUAACAUCCCAUGUUCAGCAUUCUUCCUGAUAUUUAUGAGAUUGGAUCUGUCAUUUUUGUCUAGCCUCAAGAAUCUAGGACCCUACAUUCUUCCCUAUGGCAAAUGACAUUGCUUGUUGGAUUUGUUAUUUUUACUUGGUGAAAUUAUGUCUGAGCAGGUUAACGGUUGUCCCACAUUGGUGCUGCAUGCAGAGGAGCAUCAGUGGUGUAAGCAGCAGGAGAAAGAUGAACAAUUCUUGACACAAAGCAUCUACGUAACAGUUGUGUAUUUUUGUACAAAAAUGUCCCCUGCUGGUUUCAAAUAAAGUGUAUCUUUUUAGUUCA